AUGGUUGAUAAAACACAGAGAACAGUAGUCAAGCCUCAAGCAGCGCUGACUACCAAUGAUCAAGAUAAACGAAAGCUUGAAAUGAUUCAAUUAGAAACUCGCUACAAGGCCUCCUUCAGACUUGUCAGCGAGAACAAGGACGGGACCAUUGUUCGACUUGCCAUCAAGCCCUCAGAUCCAGAUUUCCCGUACGAAAUAGACGCACUUCAAUUGCAGUUAACGAUUCCACGAGACUACCCCAAAGUCUCAUGCAAGGUUCAAGUACUGAACUCUGACAUUCCUAAGGGAUUUGCCAUUAAUUUGGAGAAGGGAUAUAUUGCUCGAGUGGAAUCAUCCACAGCACAUCAAACGCUUGUCAGACAAAUGAAUUGGCUUGAUCGCAAUAUGGAGAGCUUAUUACAGCAAGCGCCUGCACCUACAGUGAGAUUCAUUGCGCACAAUAAGGAACUAGCAUCCACCGCAGUAACCGCAGUAUCCCCGCAGCAGCAGCAACCAGUUAAACACUAUAUUGAUGCUACUGCUGAACCAAUCAGCAACGCAAAUAUCAGACUGCCUCCUAGACAAUAUGAAGCUAGUGCUUCCUCAUCAUCCCCAGCUACAGCAUCCUCCUCGAAGCCUAUUCCCAACAAUAAGCCUUUACAGGUGGAGAGACUCGAGCCAGUAAAUGUGCCUGUUUUGGAUACGGUUUCCAAGAAACAAUAUAGCGCCAAAGAGCUGUCUCAAGCUGACAAGAGGCGAAAGCAUGAAUAUAGACAGCUUCAGACUCGUUUUUGCGAUACUUUUAGAACGGUGAGAACCACAAGCAAAGAAACUAUUGCAACGCUUACGAUGAUUAUCAAUGACACUGAUUUCACACACGAACAACUUAUUGGAGGAAAAGAAUUGCAUAUAAAAUACCACGUGCCUGCACUAUAUCCCCUUGAAUCAUGCUCCAUUGAAAUCGACAAUAAGAAGCUGGACAGAACAAGAGCUACUUGGAUUACGCAAGGAUUCGAAGAGCAUGUUGCCAAGGGAGAUUACACUUUAUUUGAAAAUUUGAAUUGGCUCAAUCGCAAUAUAGAACUCUUAUUAAGCACGCCACCAACGCAAAAGACAGAGGAGCAAGUGGAAGCAGACAGCAUCGCAGCAGCCCAACAAAAGGAUCUGAAACCACCUCUCAAAGCAGCACAGCAGCAACUUGGAUUAUCCGUUACAGCGCCUGAAUUUACGCCUCAGCAGACAAAGCCAUCCGAUACCAAAAAGAAGGCCUCCUUGUUUGAUGAAGCUAGUGAUAUAAAAAAGAACAAGGUGAUUAUUGUCAAUGAUCCCAGUCUGGUGAUUGAACAAGCAGAUGAAGAGGAGGUGGAGGUGGAACUAGCCGAGGGCGAGGAUGACUAUCACCGUCAUUUGAAGGAGGCGCAUCAGCAGCAAGAAGGAGGCGAAAAGACAUUGGUAGGCCUCAGUCAGCCUGUCGUUCGCAGAGGCACAGAGAUCAGGCUUGUGGAUCCCAAGUUGGAAAAUAUUUCACUGUUUCGUUGUGCUCUGCUCCAUAUCAUGGUGAAAUGCGCUAGGUGUAAAGACACAGUUGAAGUGGAAAACAUCAAGCCCGAACAAGAAGACAAGCAAGCAGCCUCAUCCUCAUCAAAGCAACCGCCUAAAACGGAACGAUGGAUGUCUUGCCCUACAUGCUCAUCCGUAUUGGGUAUCAAAUUUCUUGGAGAACUUGUACAUCAGGGCGCAUUAUCAGUGGGUCUCUUGCAACUAGCUGGAUGCACACCCUAUGAUAUCCUACCAUCGGCUUAUAUUGGUACUUGCGGAUCUUGUAUGGCUGAUAUGGCAUCUACAGUUCGGUUGUCUCCCCAUGAUCCACCUCGUACCUUGAACUGCUUUUCUUGUCAUACGAAAAUGACAUGUGGCCUAGGUGAUUACAAAUUUGUCAAGAUUGGAAGUGAGGGAGGUGAAAGGCUGAUAGCCAACGAAGAGCAAGUCAUGAAGCUCAAGAAGAAGAAGAAGUCCAGAGAAGAUCCAUUGACCAUUGGAGAACCUUUGCCUGAUCAAGGUACAUGCUCGCACUAUCGCAAAUCAAAGCGAUGGUUCAGAUUCUCCUGCUGCAGCAAAUUGUACCCUUGCGACAUUUGCCAUGAUGGACAUGAAGACCAUAGCUACGACUAUGCUAAAAGGCAUGUGUGUGGUUUAUGUUCUAGAGAGCAGACCAUUGUGAGCGGGAAGCCUUGUGUGUGUGGACAUGAAUUCGAAAAAGCACCACAAAAGCAAGCCUUCUGGGAAGGUGGUAAAGGCGUCAGAAACAAGAUUGUCAUGAGCCGAAAGGAUCCACAUAAACACAAGGGAUCGGGAAAAACCACUUCCAAGAAACAAGAUAGAGUGGGCAUUGCCGGUAAAGAACGUCAUCAAACUGAAUCUUCAUCCUGA